CGUACGAGAACAUGACAAAAACUGUGCUCAAAUUGUCUGAAAACGACACGAUUCCAUCUCAACUGACAAUGUUAGAUGAAACAAUACCCAAGAACGAUACCAGAAGACAGAAAAUACCUUGGUACUCCCGAUGGACAUAUAGACAUGCGUCAGACUUCAAUACCAGAGCAAAAAUCAUGGAUAACGCCCUACAAACGAUUUAUAUGGCGAGGCAUAAGAUAAGGCAAAUGGAAAAAGAGAAACACUUCAAUAGAAAGGAUACAGGUUAUCGGAUAGCAUUCCUCUACAAAUAUAUACGGAAACUGUACCGAAGGCUGGUGGAUAUCUACAUGACCAGUUUGAAGAGAAUCAAAACGACAUAUAAAGACGCAGCCUCGAGCCACGAUUUCAUGGCUGCCAUGCAUCAGAGGGCGGUUAGAAUCCACACUGACUUCUUGUAUUACUAUUGGGUCAUGAUUGAAAUAGAUAAGAGAUACAGAGAUUACAUGGGACACAAGACAUCUAAGUCGCCAGACCUCGAAAAGAUUAGAUCUACAACAGAUCCUUUCCUCAAUUACAAUGGUAAUGAGGAAUGGAAGGUAUGGCAAUAAUGCUGUCUAUAUAUGUCUUCGAAGAGGUCACCGGCAUCCGCUGUGGCGUCGGAAUGUUUUAUUUAUGUGUGUUGGCACUUAAGUUCAAAAACUAAU